AUGGGUUGUGGUGUAUCUAAUACCUAUCAAUUUAUGAGAUAUUCACAAGAGAAGGUAACAGAAAAUGAACCAGGUUCUUUAGUGAAUAAUUAAGGCUAAACCACAGUCAGGAGAAAUGUAAAAUAUUUAAAUCAGUUACUCAUGAUUCCACACCAAGGAAUCACAACUUUAUAGGAAAUGCUAAACAAUAGCGUGGCAAAAUUUGGAAAUCAGCCAUGCAUGGGCAAAUAUGAAGGAGAUAAUUUCAAGUUCAUGUCAUACAAUUAAGUAAAUGAAGAAGCAAUCCAUUUAGGAAGUGGUAUUUCCAAUUUGAAUUUGGUGAAGGAAGUCCAAGAAUAUCAACACUUCAAAUUAAAAUUGAUAGGAGUAUUUGCAAAAAAUAGAAGAGAGUGGAUGAUCUUAGAUUGGGCAAAUAUCCUGUACGGUUGCACAAUGGUCCCUUUUUAUGAUACUCUUGGUCCUGAGUCGAUUCCCUUCAUUCUCGAUUAGACCAACAUUGAAACCAUGUUUAUUAGUGGCGAUGCAACCAAAUCUUUAAUUUAAUGCAAGGAAAAGCAUAAAUUAAAAAACUUGGUUUUGCUUGAUUCCAUUUCAGAAUAGCAAAUUGCAGAAUUAAAAGCCAAAGGAUAUCAAUUAUUUAAAUACGAGGAAAUAGUAGAAAACGGUAGGAAAUAAAUCGUGCAACCUGUCUAAGUUUCACCCUCUUCAGUCUACACCUUCUGUUAUACAUCUGGAACUACAGGAAAUCCUAAAGGGGCAAUACUCUCUCACAGCAAUUUCAUUUCUGCCAUUGCUAGCACCUAAGUAACUGAUGCUGGAAUCAAUUCAACAGAUGUCCAUAUAUCCUAUUUGCCAUUACCUCAUGUAAUGGAGAGAUUGAUUAUACUUACUAUGCUAUACACUGGUGCUACUAUAGGAUUCUAUCGAGGUGAUCCAAAUUUAUUGAAGGAAGACAUAUCAAAACUUAGACCCACAGUCUUUGCUUCAGUCCCUAGAUUAUAUAACAAGUUCUAUGAUGGCAUUAAAGCAAAAAUAAAUGAAGUUACAGGCCUUAAAAAAACCUUUGCAGAAAGAGCCAUACGAGUGAAAUUAGAAAAUCUAAGAUCAGAGGCCAAAUAUACAAGUGGUUUAUAUGACAAAGCCUUCCAAGGCGUCAGAGAUUUAUUCGGAGGCAGAUGUAGACUAAUGAUUACUGGUUCUGCUCCAAUUCAAUAAGAAGUUAUUGAUUUUCUCAAAAUUUCUGCUUGUUGUCCAAUUCUUGAGGGCUAUGGUUAAACAGAAUCAACAGGAUUAUCUUUCUCAACAGGUACAUGGGAUCCAAAGUCUGCUCAUCUUGGUGGACCUGCUGCCAAUACAGAGUUUAAAUUAGUUGAUGUACCAGACAUGAAUUACACAUCACAAGAUGUUAUUAAUGGUAUAAAAACACCAAGAGGUGAAAUUUGUUUAAGAGGACAUGGAGUUUUCUAAGGAUAUUACAAGGACCCUGAAAAAACAGCUGAAGCUAUUGAUGAUGCUGGAUGGUUGCACACAGGAGAUAUUGGUCUUAUUACUGAAAACGGGGGAGUCAAAAUUAUAGAUAGAAAGAAAAACAUCUUUAAACUUUAAUAAGGUGAGUACAUUGCUCCAGAGAAGAUUGAAGCUAUUUAUAAUAGAGUACAAGGUGUAGCAGAGUCAUUCAUAUAUGGAGAUUCUCUCCAAAGUCAAAUUGUAGCCAUAAUAGUUCCCUAGAAAGAUUAUGUUGAAAAAUAGGCAACUGAAAAAUAAAUUCAAGGUGAUUUUGAGCAAUUAUGCAAGAAUCCAGAAAUCAUAGGUUUAUUUUAAAAAAAUAUCAAUGACUAUGGAAGAGCCAAUAAGCUUAAUUCCUUAGAAAUAGUAUAACUUAAUUAUUUAAUUUACUAGGCAAAAUUAAUAUAUUUAGAACCUUAACCAUUACAAAAUUUUGGAUGUUUGACAUCAACCUUCAAGUUACAAAGGCAUAUUGCUAAACAAGUAUUUUCUAAACAAAUAGAACAGCUAUAUAAAACUUAGGUUUGA